GGCUCCGGGCAGCCCGGCAGAGCGGCGAGGCGGGCGCGGAGGGCGGCCGUGCGCUGUGCGCUGCGCUCCGCCAUGCAGCCCCCGGGACCCCCCCGCCGCAUCUUCAUCCUCCUCCUCCUCCUCUUCCUCCUGCACCGCCGCUGGGCGCUGGCCGCCGCAGGGCUGGAGUACAGCGACGUGCUGCCCGACUCCUUCCCCUCGGCCCCGGCGGAGACGCUGCCCCACUUCCUGCUGGAGCCGCAGGACGCCUACAUCGUGAAGAACAAGCCCGUGGAGCUCGUCUGCAGGGCCAACCCCGCCACCCAGAUCUACUUCAAGUGCAACGGGGAGUGGGUCAACCAGAACGACCACGUCACCAAGGAGGACCUGGACGAGGUCACGGGGCUGCUGGUGCGGGAGGUGCAGAUCGAGGUCUCCCGGCAGCAGGUGGAGGAGCUCUUCGGCCUAGAGGACUACUGGUGCCAGUGCGUGGCCUGGAGCUCGGCGGGCACCACCAAGAGCCGCAGGGCGUACGUCCGCAUCGCGUAUCUGCGGAAGAACUUUGACCAGGAGCCGCUGGGCAAGGAGGUGCCGCUGGAGCAUGAGGUGCUGCUGCAGUGCCGGCCCCCCGAGGGGGUGCCGCAGGCGGAGGUGGAGUGGCUGAGGAACGAGGACGUCAUCGAUCCCACCCAGGACACCAACUUCCUCAUCACCAUCGACCACAACCUCAUCAUCAAGCAGGCCCGCCUCCUGGACACUGCCAAUUACACCUGCAUGGCCAAGAACAUCGUGGCCAAGCGCCGCAGCACCACGGCUGCCGUCAUUGUCUACGUGAACGGGGGCUGGUCCACCUGGUCCGAGUGGUCUCCGUGCAACAACCGCUGCGGCCGAGGCUGGCAGAAGCGCACGCGGACGUGCACCAACCCCGCACCGCUCAACGGUGGCUCCUUCUGCGAUGGGCAGCCCUUCCAGAAAAUAACCUGCACCACCCUCUGCCCAGUGGAUGGCGCAUGGACGGAGUGGAGCAAGUGGUCGGCCUGCAGCACCGAGUGCACCCACUGGCGCAGCCGCGAGUGCGCUGCCCCGGCCCCCCGCAACGGCGGCAAGGAUUGCAGCGGUGUGCUGCUCGACUCCAAAAAUUGCACCGAUGGGCUCUGCCUGCACAAUAAAAGAGUUCUAAGCGAACCCAAAAGCCACCUGCUGGAGGCCACAGGUGACGUGGCCCUGUAUGCCGGGCUGGUGGUGGCCAUUUUCGUCUUUAUCGUGAUCCUGAUGGCCGUGGGGGUGGUGGUGUACCGGCGGCGGUGCCGGGAUUUCGACACGGACAUCACGGACUCAUCAGCUGCCCUGACGGGAGGCUUCCACCCGGUCAACUUCAAGACGUCCCGGCAUGACAACCCGCAGCUGCUGCACCCCUCCAUGCAGCCCGACCUGACGGCCAGUGCCGGCGUGUACCGCGGCCCCAUGUACACCCUGCAGGACUCCUCCGACAAGAUCCCCAUGACCAACUCCCCGCUCCUCGACCCCUUGCCCAGCCUCAAGAUCAAGGUCUACAACUCCUCCACCACCUCCUCGUCACCAGGCCUCCACGAUGGGACGGAUUUGCUGGGGGGAGGCCCCACCACCGGCACCUACCCGGGGGACAGCAGUAGGGACGGGCACUUUGGGAACGUGCGGAGCAAAGCCCUGGGCUCCCAGCACCUCCUUGGCCUGCCCCGGGAGCACGGCAGCAGCGCCAGCGGGACUUUUGGCUACCUAGGGGGAAGGCUCACCAUCCCUGGCACGGGGGUGAGCCUGCUGGUGCCCCAUGGAGCCAUCCCCCAGGGGAAGUUCUACGAGAUGUACCUGGUCAUCAACAAGGCAGAGAGCGCCCUCUUGCCCUCCGAAGGCACGCAGACGGUGCUGAGCCCGGCGGUGACCUGCGGCCCUGGCCUGCUGCUGUGCCGCCCUGUCGUCCUGACCAUUCCCCACUGCGCGGACAUCGGCUCCUCCGACUGGAUUUUCCAGCUGAAAACACAGUCCCACCAGGGAAACUGGGAGGAAGUCGUGACCCUGGAUGAGGAGACCCUCAACACCCCCUGCUACUGCCAGCUGGAAGCCAAGUCCUGCCAUGUUCUGCUCGACCAGCUGGGCACCUACGUCUUUGUGGGGGAGUCCUACUCCAGGUCAGCCAUCAAGAGGCUCCAGCUGGCCAUCUUCGCCCCCACUGUUUGCACCUCCCUGGAGUACAACCUCAAGGUCUACUGCUUGGAGGACACGCCGGACGCCCUGAAGGAGGUGCUGGAGCUGGAGCGGACGCUGGGCGGUUACCUGCUGGAGGAGCCCAAGCCACUGCCCUUCAAGGACAGCUACCACAACCUGCGCCUCUCCAUCCACGACAUCCCCCACUCGCUGUGGAGGAGCAAGCUGCUGGCCAAGUACCAGGAAAUCCCCUUCUACCACAUCUGGAGCGGCAGCCAGCGAGCCCUGCACUGCACCUUCACGCUGGAGAGGUACAGCCAGGCCUCCACCGAGCUCACCUGCAAGAUAUGUGUGCGGCAGGUGGAAGGGGAAGGGCAGAUCUUCCAGCUCCACGUCAUGCUGGGAGAGCACGCCGGCUCCUUCGACACCCUCCGCUCGCACCACAGCAGUGCCCCUGCCACCCAGCUGGGACCCUACGCCUUCAAAAUCCCCCUCUCCAUCCGGCAGAAAAUCUGCAGCAGCCUGGAUGCCCCCAACGCCAGGGGGAACGACUGGAGACUUCUUGCCCAGAAGCUCUCCAUGGACCGGUACCUGAACUACUUCGCCACCAAAGCCAGCCCCACCGGGGUGCUCCUGGACUUGUGGGAAGCCCAGCACCAAGACGACGGCGAUCUCAACACCCUGGCCAGUGCCUUAGAAGAGAUGGGCAAGAGCGAGAUGCUGGUGGUCAUGGCCACAGAGGGCGACUGCUGCUGACGCUCCCCGCCCAGUGGCUGAGCGAGGAAGGGCCGAGGGUGCCCGUUUAUCCCUCCCCACGUCACUGCCAGCCUUAGAGACCGAUCCUCACAGUUUACAAGCAAUUCAAGUGUUACGUGGCGUUCCUCCUCCUCCUCCCCGGCCGUUUUUGGGUGGUGCUGGGGGAGUCGGGGCUUCUCGGUCGGGGCGGCGGGGGCUUUCCUUCUCCUUGUGCGUGUGGGUUCCCCUCCCCUCCGGUUCUCCUCCUCCUUUGAUGGCAUUUCUGCGUCGAAGAGGCGAGUCCAGUCUAGGCAAGCAGCUUACUUCUGUCAAAGGCUUCAGGCAGCUUCGUAAGGCAAAUAGGAAAGGAAAAAAAAAAAAGGAAAAAAAAAAAGUUUCUUAGGAAACGCAAAUAAUUUAUUAUCCGAUCUUUGGAUGACUCCUUUUAAA